GUUGGGAAGUUGGGAAGGGAUAAAAAUGGUAGACUUGAGAUAAUAUGGAGUGCAGAGGGAGUAUUAUUUGUAGAAGCCGAAGCACUGCUGCCAUAGAUGACCUUGGCGAUUUUGCACCUAGCUUAGAACUGCGGCAACUGGUUCCAACAGUUGACCACUCUAAAGAAAUCUCCUCUUUCCCUCUCAUUACGAUACAGGUACAUGCUGGUACUAAACAAGAAUGAGAAACUGUGUUGCAUUGCUGGCUGGUAUAUCAACUUCUUUAAGCUUUGGGCAAAGAUAAGCUCUAUCUUAAUUCUUACGUGCACUGCAAAGGAAGCUUUUGAUAAUUUUUAUGCAUUUCUAAUUAGUUUCAGUUUUUUUUAUUAAAAAAUUCAAAUUCAUGCGGUUAGGAAUUAAACUAUUGCUGGCAGUGGCCUUUUGAGAGAAAAGGCAUUAACAGAGAAACUAAAUAGAGAGGAGUGAGAAAGGAAAAAGGGCAAAUGGGAAAGAAGAGAUAAUAAGGGUAAAAUAGGUAUAAAAUUCAUGCCCUAUCGGGCCUUCAAUAAAGAUCACCACGGCAGUCGCGUUCCCUGCAGUCCUCACAAGCCAGAAAAUUGCAUGACCAGUGCCCCGCCGGCGGCGAAGUACCGACGAUGAUGUAGCAAGAUCAAUAGAUGUCGACCGGGUAGGUGACGACCGAACAGAAAUAGAUCCAAAGAAGGUUCAGUCAGCACGGUGAGAUCGUCGAGUCGAAGCUCCGUUUGCGCAGACAUCUGACUCGAUCCAACCCGAACCGGGCCUCUCUGUCUAUGAUCUAUGAUCCCUGAUCCGUGAUAUGGCGGUGGUGGAUUGGGCUUGAGCCGUAUGUUCCUUAGCUAGAUUUGACGACGUUGUCAGUUCUCUUCCUUCCUCGUAUGGCUGAAAGAGAGAAAAGGUAACAGAGCAAGAAGCUGUUUCCUAGUUCCAAGUCACUUUCAUGCAUCUCAUAAAUCUUGAAUUGAAACUGUAAUCUAUUCAACAAGGAAACUUUUCAAGAUUUUGAGAUUUGGGUGUCCUGUUAAGUACAACUUACAAAGGAAGUGAGGAGAUGAAGAUUACCAUCAAUGGAUCAACCAUGGUACGCCCAGCUCGAGACACGCCAAAUCGACGCCUGUGGAACUCGAAUUUGGACCUGGUGAUAUCCAGGUAUCAUGUUGCCUUGGUAUACUUCUACAAGUCCGAUGCUUCUUCCAAUUUCUUUGACACCCAGUUGCUUAAGGAGUCUCUGAGUAACCUUCUCGUCCCGUUCUAUCCCAUGGCUGGGAGAUUGGGAUAUGAUGAAAAUGGAAGACUCGAGAUAGUCUGCAACGCUGAAGGAGUAUUAUUCAUAGAGGCUGAAACUGCUGCUACCAUAUAUGACUUGGGCGAUUUUGCACCGAGUUCGAAACUUCGGCAGCUGGUUCCAACAGUCGACUAUUCUGGAGAUAUCUCUUCUUUUCCACUCGUUUUGUUACAGGUGACAAGCUUCAAACAUGGAGGGGUUUGCCUUGGUGCUGCAUUUCAACAUACUUUGGUGGAUGGGUCAUCAGUUUCUCAUUUCAUGAACAUUUGGUCUAACAAAACCCGAGGCAUAUCCAUUACUGUUACCCCAUUCAUUGACCGCACCCUUCUCCGAGCCCGGGUACCGCUAGCUCCUGCAUUUCACCAUGUCGAAUACGAUCCAUCUCCUCCCUUGAGCACAUCUAUUUUAACUCUGAAUUCUCAAGUUGGUCCUAAACCUUCAUCUACAUCUAUUUUCAAAAUCACUGCCGAUCAGCUGAAAACCUUAAAAUCCAAGGCAACCAUGAAUGGCAGCACGACAAACACAAAUUGUACCACAUACGAUAUCCUGACUGCACAUAUAUGGCGUUGCGUGUGCAAAGCGAGGGGCCUCUCGGAUGAUCAAGUGACCAAGUUAUACAUUCCAAUCGAUGGACGGUCCAGACUACAUCCACCUCUCCCACCAGGCUACCUUGGCAACGUGAUCUUCAUAGCUGCAACGACUGCUCUAUCAGGUGACCUCCAAUCCGAACCAUUUGCGGAUACAAUACAAAGAAUCGACAGAAUGGUAAAACGGAUGGACGACAAGUAUAUGAGAUCAGCUCUUGACUACAUAGAAAGUGUACCUGAUAUGAAAACUCUUAUGCGAGGAGCACAUACUUUUCAGUCCCCGAACCUCGCUAUCAAUAGCUGGACGCGGCUUUCGUUUUAUGCUGCAGAUUUCGGAUGGGGUCGCCCCAUGCACAUGGGGUUGGCAAAUGUAAUCCACGAAGGAAAGAUAUAUAUAGUACCAAGCCCGGCUGAUGAUGGGAGCUUGUCGUUGGUGGUAUGCUUGGAGACAUCCCAUAUGAAACAGUUUGAGAAGUGUCUUUAUGAUUUCUUACUGCCAUUUGCAAAAAUAAAUGCUCGUUAUUAAUUUGUUUUCCCUAGUAUUAUGUAACUUUGAGAAGCUCCUUUAUAUGAUUUCUGUAUUAGUAUUAGCUUUAAUAAAAGAUAGCGGACUCCAACACUGCUACACACGCAAGAUAUUUGCACU